GCAGGAGAAGCGAGCGGGACCGGAAGGGUCAAAGGCCCCGGCGCCCCUCACACCCACUGCGGCGGCGGCGGCUGGGCGGAGCGGAGCGGAGCUGGGUGGGGCGGCUAGCGGAGUUCGGGCGGCGGAGCCGGGAGCGAGCAGCACGCAGCGCCGCCAGUCCUCCCGCCCGCCCUGUCCCCGUGCGCGACGGCGGGGAGGCGAGCCAAGCUGAGCAAUUCACCGUGUCUGGACACAGUCAGUGUGAGCUCUGUGCCUCUGCUCUCCAACUCUGACAAAAUAAUCUAAGGCGGAUGUCGCCUCCUCCAUGAAGCCUUCCUUGUCUUCUGCACCCCUGCCAGAGGGAAUUUGACAACUUACCAGCCCUUGGGAACAUUACAUGACACUGCAUCAUGAGUGACAGUGAAUGUGAUAGUCAGUUUUACAGUGUCCAAGUGGCAGACUCAACCUUCACCGUCCUGAAACGCUACCAGCAGCUGAAACCAAUUGGCUCUGGGGCCCAGGGGAUCGUUUGUGCUGCAUUUGAUACGGUUAUUGGAAUAAAUGUUGCAGUCAAGAAACUAAGCCGCCCUUUUCAGAAUCAAACUCAUGCAAAGAGAGCUUAUCGUGAACUCGUCCUCUUAAAAUGUGUCAAUCAUAAAAAUAUAAUAAGUUUGUUAAAUGUAUUUACACCACAGAAAACUCUAGAAGAAUUUCAAGAUGUGUAUUUGGUUAUGGAAUUAAUGGAUGCUAACUUGUGUCAGGUUAUUCAUAUGGAGCUGGACCAUGAAAGAAUGUCCUACCUUCUGUACCAGAUGCUUUGUGGUAUUAAACAUCUGCAUUCAGCUGGUAUAAUUCAUAGGGAUUUGAAGCCUAGCAACAUCGUAGUGAAAUCAGACUGCACCCUUAAGAUCCUUGACUUUGGCCUGGCCCGGACAGCAUGCACCAACUUCAUGAUGACUCCCUACGUGGUGACGCGGUACUAUCGGGCCCCUGAAGUCAUCCUGGGGAUGGGCUACAAAGAGAACGUGGACAUCUGGUCUGUCGGUUGCAUCAUGGCAGAAAUGGUCCUCCAUAAAGUCCUGUUCCCAGGAAGAGACUACAUUGAUCAGUGGAACAAAGUCAUUGAGCAGCUAGGAACACCGUCGGCAGAGUUCAUGAAGAGACUUCAGCCAACUGUGAGGAAUUAUGUAGAAAAUAGACCAAAGUAUCCUGGAAUCAAAUUUGAAGAGCUCUUUCCAGAUUGGAUAUUCCCAUCAGAAUCUGAACGAGACAAAAUAAAAACGAGUCAAGCCAGAGAUCUGUUAUCAAAAAUGCUAGUGAUUGAUCCCGACAAGCGUAUCUCUGUAGACGAGGCCUUGCGUCACCCCUACAUUACUGUCUGGUAUGACCCCACUGAAGCAGAAGCACCACCACCUCAAAUUUAUGAUGCCCAGUUGGAAGAAAGAGAACAUGCAAUUGAAGAAUGGAAAGAGCUAAUUUACAAAGAAGUAAUGGAUUGGGAAGAAAGAAGCAAGAAUGGCGUUGUGAAAGAUCAGCCUUCAGCACAGAUGCAGCAGUAAGUAGCAACGCCACUCCUUCUCAGUCAUCAUCUAUCAAUGACAUUUCAUCCAUGUCCACCGAGCAGACACUGGCCUCAGAUACAGACAGCAGUCUGGAUGCCUCCACAGGACCCCUUGAAGGCUGUCGAUGAUAAGUUAGAAAUAGCAAACUUGUCAUCAUUGAAGGAAUUCUUGCUUCCAUGGGCCUGAGAUGCUUGGGAGUUGAUGGAACCAAAUAGAAAACUCCAUGUUCUGCAUGUAAGAAACACAAUGCCUUGCCCUACUCAGAUCUAAUAGGAUUGCCUGCUUAGACUAUGAAGUGACGCAGAUUAUGUCUGAAGGAAAAAGUACAUAGCCACACUUUUAGAGAUUUUGUUCAAGAUCAUUUCAGGUGAGCAGUUAUAAUAGGUGACUUUUUUUUAAGUUGUGUGGUAAUAGUAGUGACAAUUUCACAUCAUUUGUAACUUUUGUGACUUAUGUGCAUGUGACCAUAAAUGCUUGCUUGGGCUUGCCCACCUACUACUUAGGAAAUUAGUAUAUAAAUGCCAAGUAAUCUUCCAGGUAAUGCUGCUUCUAGAAUUAUCUCUUAAUCUUCUUAAGUAAUUUGGUGUCUGCCAGAAAAAAAAUAGAUAUUAGUUGACCAUUAUCAUGUUAUCACAUCUUAUCCUCUUUUAUGGUAUGAUUUAUUCUAUUUCAGAAGGAAUAUGAGUAAAUCUAUUUAAUAAAAAAUAUAGCUUUUCUUAAAUUUGUGAUGUUGGGGCUGAGAAUUGUCAUUGCUACAACCAAGACACUUAUAUGGACGCUGUUUUCUUUAACCUGUCUAGACAAGGAUGAUUGCACAUUCAGCUUCACUGCAUGAUGGAAUUUUAAGUUUUGUUUUAUGCUGCUGAAGACAUACAUACCUUUGAAAUCCUAUCUACCUUAUCUCUUUUUUCCUUGGUCUUCUGGAGUUAUUAUUAAUUUUAAAUGCUACCUAGAACUUCACCUUGUUUACUAAACACACAACACUCUUUCCCAAUAAUACGAUGGCAGAUGAAUUGCUGAAUUCAUUGCCUAAUGUUAGAGUAGAAUUUUACAAAAUGCUCACUAGAGGUUGUCGCGGCCAUUCACUAAGAGCUCCCUUCCUUCGCCAGAGUCCGGCCUGCGUUCUGUCCUUACCUUCCCUCAUUAAAGGUGGGUAUGUGAUUCCACAAGGCAGCAUUUCCCUUUGACAACACACAUUCUCACUCAGUUUUCUUUCUUCACUGAAAGAAACCAGGUAAAUUCCUCUUUCAUCUGUUUUGGGAGGCCCGAGGGGUUCAGAAUGCCUGUUUGCUGUUGUUGGUUCUCAUUGCAUGGGGGCCUUUCCUUUUUUAAGGGAAAUCCGUGAAUGCUCUGGGAAAACUCUGCAGAGGGAUAUGCAGGAAAUACUCUGGAGAGUAGAGAUUAACUAUUGAAUAUUUUCUGAUUUAAAAACUGCUCACCUGAAAUUGAUACUUUCAGACUUUAUGAUAUGUAAAUUGUUCAAAAUUCAUUAAGAUUCUGAGUAUUUAAGUGUCACGGCAGAGAUGGAGUUACGAUGAUCACAUUUGCCCACUUGUGCUCAUAAUGUUUUUCCCUUGAGCUUAUGUUGUUACCAGUUCAUGUCUUGUGUUCAAUUAUUUUGGAAGCUAUUUGAUCAACUUUCUAUAGAGUAUGUUCUGAGGAGGAACUUUGAUAAGAAAAUUUAUUAUAAAUAUUAUCUAAAAUAUAUGGUUCUCUCUGUACUAGUUACAUAUUAUUGGUUGGUCAUAUCACUGGAAACUGGAACCCUUGAUGAACAACAUUAAUAUUGAAAUAAGAAAUAGUUAUAUAUUUGUGUCAUUUAGACACUUUCAAGUACAAAAUGGUAAUAAUGAGCAUUGAAGCACCUAUUAUAUGGCUUGAGAUUAUUUUAGCCUUGGAAGCCCGAUAGUAAAGAAAGUUAUCACUAUACAUAUAAAAACAUCUUAAAAUGGACUUCUC